GUCAAAACCCUGCCUCAAAGACGGCGUUUGACUUUUAGCAUAGCUUUAUGGUUUCUUGCUUGGCGUCAAUCUGCGGCCUCAACUGUUUGGCUGACGGUGUGGACAACAUGAGCAUGUCAAGCCUUCUCAACCUCAACAGUCUCGGCAGGAUUUGCGGAUCCAGUCACGGUAGUGAGAUGGUGAUACUGGACCGAGUCAAGAGGAAGAACUCCGUCCGGAGAAUGUCCAUCAUAGAAGAUGGACAGGUGGCAGAGGUUCUGUAUCUCAUCCCCAAACAGUCCAUGAUGGAGCAGCUGCCGUUCCUGGACCCAAACGACUACAUCCUGUGUGAGAAGCUGGCUGGCAUCCCUGCAGUGCUGCACGCUCAGGAGGGAUGUCACCCCUGUCCUCCGGCCGUGAAACCUGUCAUACCCUGCUUCAGGUGUGGCAAACCCUGUAAAGGACAAGUCCUGCGAGUCCAAACAAACCACUUCCACAUCAAGUGCUUCACUUGCAAAGUGUGUGGCUGUGACUUGGCUCAGUCGGGAUUCUUCGUGACAAACGGCAGCUAUCUCUGCCCACUGGACUUCCAGAGGCUUCAUGGGACGCCCUGCAACAACUGUGGGGGAUUUGUGGAGGGGGACAUGGUCACAGUUUUGGGGAAGACCUACCACCCGGCCUGCUUUGUGUGCACAGUUUGCAAACAACCGUUUCCUGCCGGCGAUUGUGUCACCUUCAAUGGUAAAGAGUGCAUCUGUCAGCGAUGUAAUAAACCUAUGUCAACUCCUCCACAAGGCGUCAGACAGUCGAGCAACUGCAGUGCUUGUGGUCGAGACAUCAAGAAUGGCCAGGCUCUCCUGGCUCUGGGUGGUCAGUGGCAUCUCGGUUGCUUCAAGUGUAAAGUCUGCAAAACCAUGCUGAACGGGGAGUACAUCAGCAAGGAUGGCGCUCCGUACUGUGAGAGGGACUACCAGAUUCAGUUUGGGAUACAAUGUGACAUGUGCCAGAGGUUUAUCAUGGGAAAGGUCCUUGAGGCUGGAACCAAACAUUACCAUCCCAGCUGUGCAAGAUGCAGUCGCUGUGGGAAAACAUUCACAGAGGGAGCUGAAAUGUAUCUGCAAGGGUCGACCGUGUGGCACCCAGACUGCAGAGAUGGCAGCAGCAGCAGAAGUGAAGACAAACCCGUAAGAUCCUCGUCUGAAAGCUCCUGCUCCAGACCAGGCUCGUGCACUCCGGGAAGUCCAGGUCACAUCAUCUGUGCAAAAGUAGAUAAUGAGAUCAUUGAUUACCGAGACUUAGCAGCAAUUCCCAGAGUCAAGGCUAUAUAUGAUAUAGAGCAUCCCGAUAUGAUAUCAUAUAAGAAUGAGGGCGCCAACUCCUCUGCUCUGGACAAGAAAGACAGCAGGCAGGAGAGGCAAAUCUCUGCAGAGUCUUCAGGAAACGUCUCAGAAAACACAGAGGGAAGCUGUGACCUCCAAAAAAGCAUCCCAAAAUCUGCCAGCCACGGCACUUUUGGAGUCCCCGGGUUGUAUACGCGACACAGUUACACUCCAACUCCGUCCAGAUCACCGCAGCACUUUCAUAGGCCUGACCAAGGAUUCAACAUGUACAACAAGCCUCCUAUUUACAAACAAGACCCCAACGCCACUCAGACCUCCUCCCUGCCUGGAUACAGAAUCAAUGGUCUAAACCCUUUCAGCCAUGAUGGCGGUCGCCCUCUAGCAGGAAUGGACAGGGGCGUUUCUUUGCCUAAUUUAUUGGAGCCAAAAAUCUAUCCCUACGAAGCACUGGCAACCAACAACAGGCGCCCAGUGAAGCUUCCAAGAGAUGUUGACAGAGCCAGACUCGAGCGCCACCUCUCACCAGAAUCCUUCUUUGAAAUUUUCGGCAUGGACAUAAAAGUAUUCAAUACCCUUCCCCUCUGGAAGCGCAACGACAUGAAGAAGAAGGCAAAUCUGUUCUGAAUAAUGGCUGAAUCAUGUUGUAUUAAUUAUUAACGUCCGCUUCUACUUCAGAGAGCACUGAUGUGUUUUAUUUCUGUGCACCAACACAAAAGGUUAGUGCCUGUAUCCCAGACAGGGAAGGUCUUAAGUUUCCAGAGGCUGUACUUUAAUUGCUACUCAAACAUUAUUCAAACAUUUAAUUUGGCCUUUUGAACAGGUCGUUAAAAAAGUCAGGAAAAAAAGCCCACUGCGUCAUUGUGGACGCAAGGGGGCGAUAGACAGUCAGGUUAAUUAAUUUCUUUUGAAUGGGUUACUUUUCAAUCCUUUUUUUUAAACUUUUUUUCUAAGGUUUUUAGAAACAACAUUGUCGUAUAUUUACCAUUAAAUGAGUUGCAUGCUUUCUUUCUGGAGGCACAAUAGGAUUCUGUUUAAAUCUCAGCCUUUGCACACACGUACGGUUGCAUCAUCAUGCCAUUAAGGGAGGAAGGUGACAGGUGCAUGUUGAGUUGGUGGUGAAAUUUCUGGUUGCUGUUUCAGUCAGGAAGGUGAUGAAUGUGGUGCUCAAAACAGUGACCUUCAUUUUCAGCCGUUUUUGUGCUGAGCAGAUUAUCAGACAUGAUCUCACUCCAGCCUCUACAACCUCUGCCUUCUAAUGGAAAAAAGGAUAAAGCUAAGUUUGAAGUUUGUUUAACUAAAAUUUACAUUUCAGAUCUUAUUUCUGACUCGCAUUACUUGUUGCUGGCCAGGGUGUGUGGUGCAUAUUUUUUCCCUCACCCUGUAUGUCACCAUCAGACAUACAGUUAUGAUCAGCAAAAUGCAUCACUGGAAAACUGCUUUUGUGAAUGGCUAAUUUAGCUAUAAGUUAUUUUAAAUGACACACUCUUCAUAUUGUGUUUUUAAAUUCUUUUUCUGAAUGCUCAUGUUUUUCCUAGGCCCUGGGGUCAUUGUGGUUGAAAGGGUUCAACUCCAAAAAUGCUGUAUAAUUUCGGAAUGUUUAGUACACCUGCCUAGAACAUUGUAACUGACAGAAAACAAAUACUUUUCUUGACAACAUUAUUGUUGGGUUUUUUUGUAUGUCAAGUUAUCCAAGCAUUGAAUUUCACAUUUGGCUCCACUGCUUGUGAAUUAUGAAGAUGAACACAUGAAAUGAAACAAAUAACCAUCUAAAUAAACACCUAUAACUAAUAAGCAAACGCUGAAUAAACAGAGCCUACUGUCUGGCUUAUCUCAGGAUACAUGAUGUUUACACAGAUGGAGAGGAUGUUUUGGUGAUGGAAGUUUUUGUGAUGAUGAUACCAUGAGAGAGCAGCACAUGUGGGAAGUUGUCACUGUAACACAAGUUUACAGUAUGUCAUGGGCUCUGUUAUGGAAUUUUCACUUUCCCUAUAUCCGUAUUUCCACAGUUGAGAGCGGGAGCCAACUGUUAACCUAAAACAGUUAAAAUAUCUCUAUAUUUUAUAGCCGAAGGUCCCAUUGCAUAAACACGACGAUUAGCAUGUACUUAAAUGUUAAUGUGUUAAGGUUAAAGCACUUAAACAGGAUCACCAAGCUGACAGGAGAUAAAGUGUCAGUCAAACUAGUUUCUCAGUAGCACAUUGUUGUUCUUACAUUGUUGUCGUUUGACUGACAAGCCUCAGAUCAGAAGUGACAUGGCUUUUCGAAAGCUUCUGUAGUUUUAGUGAUGAUGUGCUCCCUGUGUCUGACAAUAAAAACGUAUUCCAUCACACUGCCAUGGGACAAUGAGCAGAAGAUAAUGAAACGAAUGAAGGAAUGCACACGUGUAAAUGCCGGAUGAGUCACAUAUAAUUGUCAGGUGCACGACUUUACUCCAGGAAGCUCUACCCUGGGUAAUUACACACUGGCCACAUUAAAAAUUCUCACUUCCUCAAUCCACUGCUCCGAUUGGCUGCUUUCAACAAGCACUUACACGGCUUACAAAUGUGGUAGCAGCAGGAACAUCCCUGUGUAUGGGCCUGUUCAACUCAGAAUGAUUACAGUGUUCAGAAAACAUCAACGUAAUCCAAUCUAAUGUACCGUUUAUACAGAUUAUACCAUCUUAACUUAAAAAUAUUAAUAAAAAAAAAAUUUGUCCUAAUAAAUCACUCGUCGUUGCCAAGAUAAACAAAUUACCCAAUGUUCUACCAAAAUUAUAAUUGAAGCAUGUUUAUGUUUAAUUCAAUUGCUGGUGAUUUUCCACAAGAACGUUUGAUAUUAUAUGAGACAAUGUAUAUAUUUUGACAGCAAUGGAUGAAAAACAAAAAAUAUAUUCUAUUUCAAAAUGUAUAAAAUGACCAUAACUGUCGUAAGAGCAGUGUUUUUCAAAACACGUGACAUGAUGUAAGGUUUUAGCGUCGUUGUUGGGUCAUUUUU